AUGGAACAGGUCUUCAGUUUUGCUUGUGAAGCCUGCAAAAAGGUGAUAUUUCAGACACCUUCUACACUAGAGGCAGACAAAAUGCUGGGCAGAGUGAAUUUGGGCGAGUGCCUCAGGUCUGCGGACCUCAUCCAGUCCAGCGACCCUGACUUCAGAGUUCUCCGUGACGGGUCCGUCUACACGGCCAGUGCUGUUGUGUUAUCUGAUGAGAGGAGAUCAUUCACCAUUUGGCUUUCCGACACAAAGAAACAGACACAAAAGGAGAUUAAUGUGCUCCUGGAGCCUCAGAAAAAGGUCCUGAGGAAAAGACACGCUAAGGAAACGGUGCUCCGGCGAGCCAAGAGGCGGUGGGCGCCCAUCCCCUGCUCCAUGCAAGAGAAUUCCUUGGGCCCUUUCCCUCUGUUUCUUCAACAGGUUCAGUCCGAUGCAGCGCAGAACUAUACCGUCUUCUAUUCAAUAAGUGGACGUGGAGUUGACCAAGAACCUUUAAAUUUGUUUUUCAUAGAAAAAGACACUGGAAAUCUGUAUUGUACUCGGCCAGUGGAUCGUGAAGAAUAUGAUGUUUUUGAUCUCAUUGCCUAUGCGUCAACUGCUGACGGGUACUCGGCCGACUUACCUCUCCCGCUGCCCAUCCGAGUGGAGGAUGAGAAUGACAACCACCCCGUUUUCACGGAGCAAGUUUAUAAGUUUGAAGUUCCAGAAAGUAGUAGACUUGGUAAGACGAUAGGGGUGGUCUGUGCCACAGACAGAGAUGAGCCCGACACGAUGCACACGCGCCUGAAGUACAGCAUUUUGGAGCAGACGCCCAGGUCGCCUGGGCUCUUCGCGGUGCACCCCGCCACCGGCGCCAUCACCAUGGUGGCGCAGUAUCUGGACAGAGAGGUUGUAGACAAGUACAAAUUGAUAAUGAAAGUACAAGAUAUGGAUGGUCAGUUUUUUGGGUUGGUGGGCACAUCGACCUGUCUGAUAACAGUAGCAGAUUCAAAUGACAACUCACCUGUUUUCAAACAAAGUACUUAUGAAGCAUCAGUAGAGGAAAAUACAAACAACGUGGAAAUCUUACGACUGCCUGUGGAGGAUAAGGACUUCAAUUUUACUAUUUUGAAGGGCAAUGAAAACGGGCAUUUCAAAAUCACCACAGACAGAGAAACUAACGAAGGCGUUCUGUGUGUUGUAAAGCCACUGGAUUAUGAAGAAAACCAGAAAGUGGUCCUGGAAAUUGGGGUGAGCAACGAAGCCCCUUUGACUAGAGAGCUGGCGCUCAGGACACCCGCCAACAGAGCUGUGGUCACGGUCCACGUGAGGAACCAGGACGAAGGGCCCGAGUGCAAGCCUGCCGCCCAGUAUGUGCGGAUUAAAGAGAACUCAGCCGUGGGGUCCAGGAUGAAUGGCUACAAGGCCUAUGACCCCGAAACCAAGAGUAGCAGCGGGAUAAGGUACAAAAAGUUGCACGAUCCUAACGGGUGGAUCGCCAUUGAUGAAAUUUCGGGGUCGAUCCAGACUUCCAAAGUUCUGGACAGGGAGGCCGCCACCCCCAGGAACGACUUUUACAACAUCACAGUCCUGGCGAUAGACCAAGACGGCAAAUCGUGCACUGGAACACUUGCCGUGAGCAUCGAAGAUGUGAAUGAUAAUGCGCCAGAAAUACGUCAAGACUAUGUGACAAUUUGCAAACCGAAGAUGGGGUACGCUGACAUUUCAGCUUUUGACGCCGACGAGCCUAUCCACGGCGCUCCGUUUUACUUCAGCCUGGCAAACCCGUCUCCAGAAGUCAACAAAAUAUGGACCCUCUCCAAAGUCAAUGAUACAGCUGCCCGUCUUUCCUAUCGGAAGAACGCGGAGGUUAAGGAAUACUAUAUUCCCGUGACUGUGAAAGACAGAGCAGGGCAGUCGGCCACGAAAACCCUGCGGGUGAACCUGUGCGAUUGCACUCACCCGAGCCAGUGCCUGGCCGCUGCAAGGAGUGUGGGGGUGUCGCUCGGCAAGUGGGCGAUCCUGGCGAUCCUGCUGGGUAUAGCGUUACUGUCUUCUGUAUUGCUGACUUUAGUAUGUGGAGUUGUUGGUGCCAGAAAGAAGAAAGGGUUUCCUGAAGAUUUGGCGCAGCAAAAUUUAAUUAUAUCAAACACAGAGGCUCCUGGAGAUGAUAAGGUGUGUUCUGGCAAUGGGUUUAUGACCCAGACAGUCAACAACUCUAGCCAAGGCUUCUGUGGCACGAUGGGACCAGGAAUGAAAAAUGGGGGGCUGGAAACCAUUGAGAUGGUGAAAGGCGGACACCAUACCCUGGACUCCUGCCGCGGCCAUCACCACACCCUGGACUCCAGGGGAGGACACGCGGACGUGGACAACGCCAGAUACACGUACUCGGAGUGGCACAGUUUCACUCAGCCCCGCCUGCGAGAAAAACUGCACCUGUACAAUCAGAACGAAGACCACCUCUCAUCGCAAGAUUACGUCCUCUCCUAUCACUACGAAGGGAGGGGCUCCCCGGGGGGCUCCGUGGGCUGCUGCAGCGAGAAGCAGGAGGAAGAGAGCCUGGACUUUUUAAAUCAUUUGGGAGCUAAAUUUACCACAUUGGCAGAAACGUGCACAAAGAGAUAAAGGUGUCAGCGCGACCGUUACAUGGUUUUGCCAGACAUUCUGGAGGUUUCCAAAAGGAAUACUGUAAAAUUCCAUUUCAGCGUCUAAAUAGUCACAUAUGAAUAUAUGUGAAUUUUUCUAAAAUUUGAAUUAUGCUAACUGCCAAUUUGUAUUUUUCAAGCAAUUUAUUGCGUAUCCUUUCUCUCAAGUGUACAUGUUAAAAGGGAUUUUCACUUUCUUUAGAGCUGAGCAAGUAGACAAUUAGCAGAUCUUAUGCUGUAGCAUUGGAAUCGGAGUCUAUAAAGGAUCUGCUCUCUUAACAGAUGUUAUCCCAAUAACUAUGUUGGGUAAAUAUUAGUCUGACAGUAGCUAAGCUGUAUUUGGUUGAAUAUGGCAGAACGGCUAUCUGGGCUGAAAUUCUGUUCUUGUUCCAAAUUAGAUUUAAGUGGAAUAGGAUUAUUUCAAACACUGUGGCAAAUUUUGUUGGAUUUUUUUUAGUUCUAAAAAGGCAGUAGUACCUAGUCAGUAGCCCCUACGAUUUCUAGAAUUCUGUUUCCUUCUGGUUAGCAACAGGAUAAUGAAGAGCAGUCUUAUCUAUUCGAUUAUCCUAAUAAAGGUCUCAAAAAUACAUAGCCAUAACUCUCAACUACCCUAGAAAAGUAUGAACCAAAAACUUGUUAUUUUAUGCUUUUGGGAGUGUGUUUUAUGGUUUAUAAAGGAUUAUUCUGAGGAAUAAGUUUCCUCAUCCUCAAGAAACAAAACUAUAUUCACCAUUGCCAGUAUUGUAAUGAAUUUAAAAUACUAAACAUCUUUCAUUGAGAUCAUAAUUCCAAAUCUUAACUUUUUUUCCUGAGAUUCAGGACUAUUGAAAACUUGCCAGUAAUGAAAAUUAUACUGAGAAAAUAUUGCUUUUCUUCUCUCGAGUAUUGUACUUUUAUAUUUCCAUGUGCAACUUUAGCACAUAUGGCUCCUAUAUCCUCUCAAUGGUAGUCAUUUGAAAUCAGAACAUGUUAUGCUUCCAUGGAUUGUGGAUAUGCCUUGUAAUCUGAAAAAAAAGACUCCUAUCAUAGUUAUAAGUAGCAAUGAGAGCUAAACAUGCAUUUUCAUUCACUGCCAUUUUCAAAUAAAGCAUAUUACUCCAUUUUAAGGCAGGUAGAUAUUACAAAAUGUUGUCAAGAAUCAAAAGAAUAUAGAGAAACUUAACCCCUUGGUGCAGUUUAAUAUCCUUUAAGAUGUUGCUUAAAUGUAAGGCUUUUCAGCUUUGUUUAUGGGAAGCUUUGUUUAUGUCAUACUUCAAGGCAAUGACAUUCCAAACUUCAAAUAGUGAAUACGUAAUUCAUGCUAAAUCUAAUCACAUUGAUGUAUACUUACUUCAAGUGACAGUUUAAAAACUGAACUAGAAAUGUGGGGCAAAAGUAGGUUUAUAGUUGUAAUGCAAAUAAAUACCACAGUAAUGAAUAAAUAGUAAUAAUACAAGAAUAAACUGUGCAUUUCCCAUACAACUAUAAACCUUUAUUUGCCCACCCUUUUAUUACUAUCACCAGAAGAAGGAAAUUUUGGAAGAAAAAUAAUUAAACAACUUUAAAAUUUUGCAGCUAUGAAUUGGGACCAAUUUCCUCCCACCCCCCAACAUUCUUCAUCUGACCGUGGGGGCAGGAUUUGCCGAGCGAGCCCACGGAGUGGCAGUGUGCUAUAGGAAUGUCGUUUGAACUAACUGUACAUGUAUGUGUGUGUGUGUAUGGGGACAUGGGGACUUUGGGAGAGGACAAGCCCACGGGGGUAUUUGGACAAAGAGCAUCAUGAAAACCCAGGCCUUCCAGGGCAAGGACAGAGGCCAACAAAGGGACGUGAGCGGGAGUAAAGGCAACAUUGUGUGCUUCGUCGUCUUCCAAGGCCAGGCCCUGCCUUUUCCUUCUUUUCUCAGCCCAGUGGCAGCUGCCAUUGGCUUCUGGUGAAGUGUCACCUCCCCUUGUCUGCCUCCCCUGGCUCGGAGUGGAGUCCAGGGGAGGAGAGCUGGCAGCACGGUGAGCCUGAGGCAGUCGCAGGAUAGGCCUGAGCUGGCUGUGCAGGACACACGGCAUCAUGGGAAGUGCUCUAUUCCUACUGGCCCUCAGCCUAAGCUAGAAGGUCUUCAGUUAAAUGCGGGCUGAAAUUGUUUAUCUGAUGCUACAUUUUUUGUUGUCUUAUUUGCUCCUGAAAUCUAGGUUUUCCUUUUUAGACUUAGACUGCUGAAAGGGUAAUUUUCCUUUUAAAGUUUGCUUAUUUUUAAUGUCAGCAUCAUUUACAUGUAGUAGUCUUUCCUUAUAUGUGUAAGGUGGAAAUUAUGCUGUUUUAGUAUGAAAGAAAAUAUCUUUUUAAAGCUUUCAUUUUUUCAGCUCUUAAAUUUUUAAUGUAAAUGUACAGAUUGUCUUUUCUUAUUUUUACAAAGAAGCAGUUAACUGUCUGUAUAAAAUGCAGUGAUGUUUGCUAUUAAAAUAGUUAUUUUACUUUUAAAUAAAUUUGGCAGGUUAAAAUAGCAAAAAUUGGAUGUGUGAUGUAAUAUUUACAAAUAUAGGAUGUAAUAAAGCAAUACUAAUUUAA